CCACUUUCAGAUUCAGUUAAUUUGUAUUCACACACACACACAGACACACUCUGUUCUGUUCUGUUCUUCUACCUGAAUUCUCCGCUCUACACCAGAAAAGAUGAAGGCCGCAUCGUUGACAUCUCUUCUCCGGAGGAGCAACGCCGCUUCCACCUCGCCGUGUUUCUUGCGCCGCGCAUUUUCAUCAGAGGCAGCGCCCGAACGGAAGGUAGCCAUUUUGGGUGCUGCUGGUGGAAUCGGCCAGCCGCUCUCUCUUCUCAUGAAGUUGAAUCCUCUUGUCUCUAGGCUCGCGCUCUACGAUAUCGCUGGAACUCCCGGCGUUGCUGCUGACGUUAGCCACAUCAACACAAGAUCUGAGGUGAAGGGUUAUGCAGCCGAAGAACAGCUAGGAGAGGCACUGGAGGGUUCUGAUGUAGUCAUCAUUCCAGCUGGUGUGCCGAGGAAGCCUGGGAUGACCCGCGACGACCUCUUCAAAAUCAAUGCUGGCAUUGUCAAAUCACUUUGUGAAGCCAUUGCCAAGUACUGCCCCAAUGCUCUUGUCAAUAUGAUUAGCAAUCCUGUAAAUUCAACUGUGCCUAUCGCUGCUGAGGUCUUCAAGAGCAAGGGAGUAUAUGACGAGAGGAAAUUGUUUGGUGUGACCACCCUUGAUGUGGUCAGGGCCAAAACAUUCUACGCUGGCAAGGCUAAAGUCAAUGUAGCUGAUGUCAAUGUACCGGUCAUUGGUGGUCAUGCUGGAAUUACCAUUCUCCCAUUGUUUUCACAAGCUACACCAAAAGCAAAUCUGUCUGAUGAGGACAUUAAAGCUCUGACAAAAAGAACACAAGACGGUGGCACGGAAGUUGUUGAGGCUAAAGCUGGGAAGGGUUCAGCUACACUUUCAAUGGCCUAUGCAGGUGCGGUAUUUGCUGAUGCUUGCCUGAAAGGACUUAAUGGAGCCCCAGAUGUUGUGGAAUGUUCUUUCGUGCAAUCGACUGUAACAGAGUUACCUUUCUUUGCAUCCAAGGUAAGACUAGGGAAGAACGGCUUGGAGGAAGUUCUUGGUCUGGGUUCUCUGUCUGAUAAUGAAAAACAAGGAUUGGAAGCUCUCAAGCCUGAGUUGAAAAGUUCAAUUGAAAAGGGUGUUGCUUUCGUCCGCAGCAGUUAAAGUUGCAGGGAGCUGAACCACAUUCCGUCACCAGAAGUGGACAACAAUUUUGCAUUUUCCUAUGUUGUAUUCUGUUAGUGUUUCUUGCUACAGGAGAGGUUAUAUCUUGCCUUGUGAUGUACCGGGCUAGAUACACAUGUAAUAAUAUGCGGCUACACAAUGAAAUUAUUCAACAAUAACCCAUGCGGUUGGCUAGUCUUCGAUAUUCGAUUUCUGUCGGACAAGAUGCGCGGAAUGUUAAAUUACCACACGAUCAAGUUACUUGA